AUGGGUAAAAUAGUCUUCCCGCGUUCCUUCGACAAACACGCCAAGUCUCUGGUCAAAAAACUCCUCACUGCUGAUUUGGCGAAACGGUAUGGGACACUUAGAGGUGGCGUGGAUGAUAUCAAGAAGUGCAGGUGGUUCUCAAGUGUCUCGUGGGAGGCCCUAUACAGGAAGGAGAUCGAGGCGCCUUACAAGCCGAUCGUGAAGUCGGACACGGACACCUCUAAUUUCGAGGACUAUCCCGAUUCGGCAGAACUUGCUCCCAUUGUUCCUCCGGACGAAGACCCAUUCGUGUUGUGGUGA